AUGAGCCUUGAACCGAGCGGCCUCCCAAGAUCCUCUUCGCCCGCCAGCUCCGAGGCGUCUCUACCGAAGCCUCCAAACCGCCCAUACGAAGAUGCAGAAGGCUUGAAGAAGGACAAAAGCUACCGUCGCUACGCUGCGAAUGUUGACCGCGCUCUCUCUCUGUUCGAUACCGCCCUGCAAGAAUGGGCGGACUACAUCUCGUUCCUCAGCCGCCUAUUGAAGAAGACAUUAGAGGUAUAUGGAUAUAUUUUUGGGUUGCUUAAAUCCGAUGGUCUGGCUCGAGAUUUGGCCAUAUAUCUCCCAGGAAUUGCUCCCACAUUGUCGUUUGCGUCUCUUUCAGUCCGACCGAUAUUUCUAUCCCUUAUCGAGAGCCAUAUCCUACAACUUAGCCCCACUGCGCUACGUCCAGCUAUCAAAUCCAUUAUACUAGCCCUUCUUCCCGGUCUUGAAGACGAGACAAGCGAGGACUUUGAAGAAACGCUGAAGUUGGUGGACAAGCUUCGUGAAGUAUCAAGUACUGCCGGUGAUGACUCUGGUGCGGCGACUGGAAGCCAGUACUUCUGGCAGUGCAUGUUUCUUGCGUCUGUUACGAAUCCGUCUCGACGAGUAGGAGCCCUCGCAUACCUAAAUCGUCACCUACCAAAGCUCGCUGGUAAAAUACCAUCGGAUGAUAUCGUCAAUGAAACUGGUGAUUAUGAAAAGGGAGAAAACAGGACUCAUGAUAUGACCAGUGCUCUAGAAAGCGUCACAUCACCCGAGCCAGGCCUUCUGAUUCGAUGCUUUGCAACUGGAUUGGCGGAUGAACAAGUACUUAUACAGCGAAAUUUUUUGGACCUGCUUGUCACCCAUCUCCCCCUACAUUCUUCUGUUUUACAACGACGGAUUACUUCUAAGGACCUGGAGCUACUUGUUGGUGCUGCUGUUGGAGUGGUUAUCCGGAGAGAUAUGAGUCUCAAUCGUCGACUGUGGGCAUGGCUAUUAGGGCCUGAUUUUGAUAAAUCUUCUCAUGCGAAUGAUUCCGGAGUCCACAACCCAAUGUCUGCUAGCUCCGCUGCUAUGGCUACUUUUGACAACAAUAGCUCGAAGUCACAUUACUUCGAACAAUUCGGUUUUAAGCACCUUGUCAGUAGUGUCAAGUCUAUGCUUGCGAAGAAUUCUUCCAACCCAAACGAGCGAUCCAGGCCAUACCGUAUAUCUUUAUCACUUAUGGAUCGGUGGGAAGUUGGAGGAUUGGUAGUUCCGGAAGUUUUUCUCCCCGUCAUCCGCAGUACGCAGAGAUACAAACAUAUUGCCAAGUCAAAGGCCAGUUUUGAUGAAGUGUUCCGGAGCGCCAGUGCUUUCUUUGAUGGUGUAGAAAGCAGCUUAAUAUUUUCGGAGCUUGUUGGUCUGGUUCUCUCACCUCGUUCGAGUAUAUCACGGCCAAAUCGUAUGAUGGACGACUUACGCCUGGCUACAUUCAUGUUGUCCCACUUCAACAUGAAAGAAGAAGAAAUGCUAACCACACAUAUACCCCUCCUGAUCUUAUCAUUACUUCUGAAAGCAAAAGCCUUAUGCACAUCCAGCGCAUGGAACGAACCGGGCUACUCUAGUGUAGCGAGUUCCGCUCUUGAUGAAAUAGGGUCCGUUGCCAAUUUACUGGUUCGCCUUGUUCCUGAAAGAGCAUUCACUCCUCAUCCGGAGAAAAGUCGAGACUCAAGCAUGGGUAAUACUACAACAUCUAUGAGCAAUGAGCAAGUAACAAAAGCAAUUCUAAAUUUCUAUUCUCGAAGCAAGGAUUCGCUGCGCCUCCCAGAGCCCCCUUUUUCGUCCACCGGAGUGGCCACCAUCAUUCUCCGCGAAGCUCAGUCUUUGGUUAUGCUUUCUUUGGAAUCAGAUACUCAAACCCAAUUUCUCAGAGAAAGAAUAAAUUUGUUCGUUGCUCUGCUGAGUAAAAUGCAAAGAGCAGAGCUCCCAGAACCAGGAAAGCUAUAUGAAGCCAUCGAGGAAAAGCUUACUACUGCAAACGAUGGCCAUAGUGUCCUCCCUAUGUCUGUUGUCAACUCAGCUGUAUUUGCUCUUACCUCCUUAUAUUCCACGAAAAAGUCCAGUCGUUAUAUCAGCUAUGAGCAGAUUACAGAUCUGAUUCCAGUCUUGGUCCAGCAACUAUGGGAUUUUCUGGAGCCGGCAAACUUGCGCUUUCAUGUUGAAGCUGCGGCAUGUUUAUGGCUCUUACACUCUGUUAGCUGGAGAGACCAUCUUGUCGAAGCCGCAAUAACCUCGGUCAUGAUCUCUCCCUCGACUUCUUCCCAUCAAGCUCCACUUGAUCAAGCAGAGAAAUUUUUUGUACUUUGGAACCAUAGCCAUCAUUCCAACACGGAUUCUUUUGCAUUACGUACUCCUAGUGAUGACGGCCCAGAUAUAAAAACAGUAUAUCGUGCAAAUCUCUUGAGUCAGCCACUGUUCAAUGUUCUGGGUCUUCUGUCAUCUGGUUCAGAAGAUACAUCUUUGGCAGUCAGAGAUUGGCUUCGCGAUUUGCCAUCUACAUAUGAGUUAUUUCGUGUCAUUCUGCUGAAGUUCCGCGACUUCCAUCUCCUUCAGGAGACAUCGACAGAGGAAACAAGCGAAUUCAGGGAAACAAUGAUACUCAACCAUGCCAACCAGUGCAUUUAUAUGCUUCAGCUAGUGCGAAACGUGUUAUCUGUGCUAAGCCCAGCUGGAUGGUCGUUGAUAUUAUCAAAUACUGCCACGCAGCCAUCACGAACUAAAUCCGUACCAUUCGAUGUAGAGGUUUCAGCAUUACUAAAGAUUAAGUUAGAAAACAAGGGAGAGGUCACCAUCCAAACCGAGAUUUCACAGAUAUGCUUCCAUGCACUUCAUGGCGUCCAUCGUGUACCAGAGAGCCUUCACCAACAACAAAACCAGAUAAGAAAAGAAGCCUUGUCCCUUCUGCGUCUACUACUGUCCAGUACAGGAGCAGAAAAGUUGCUCUCUUUAGAUAUCGAUUCCUAUCUGCUUGAUCAUCUAUCCCUAGCCUUAGAUGAGGGGAAAGUAGAGCACCAGUCUUCCAUAAUCGAUGCUCUGACUCCGGUUCUUAAGAUGAGAUACGCGCAUCAUAUAGGGCUUUCAACUGCUGCAGCUAACAGACAUCAGAGAAAGGGAUCUUUUGAUAUAUCCCGAAUGUCGUUUAGUGCGGAGAGGUCUGACAAGAGCCAAGAAAGCCAAACCUUACCCCAACCACCUGCAAAGCUCUUGGAUUGCCUACUAAAAGGCAUCAGCUCAAAGAUAUCCCGACCCAUCAUUGACAAAUGGGUUAAUUUCCUUGCGGAAUGUCUACCAUUAUACUAUAAGUCCAUUUUUAAGGUACUCCUAACGCUCGCGGAGUGCUUCUGCAAGGAAAUAAGUUCUUCAUUCAACGAACUUCAAGUUAUGUUUCAAAAGUUAUCGGAAGGAUCCCCUAGUUGUUCUCCUGAGCAUACCACGAUAGCUUUAUUGAGUGGCCUAGAGACUUGCGUUGCAACUGCUCAUGACCGCCUUCAAAUUGAAGAGGUGAACACGGCUGCUGUGAAAUCACCAGAUCAGCCGCAGGGUUUUUUUGGUAGCAUGUUUGCAUCUGAAGGAGCCCAAGCCCAGCCCACGAGUAGCAACAACACGAGACUCACAGUCCUUCUGUGUUUCCAGGAUGCUGUGCAGCUAUGCUAUUCAAUCUGGGCAUGGGGUCCUGGUGGCCGAAGUAAAUCGCCUCGUGACCUUGACUCCGUUGCGUCCUUUCAGUAUACCUCAUUAAGAAUGAGAAACAGGGCUAGAAGGAUACUCGAACAUUUGUUUGCAGCUGAGGCCCUCGAAUGUCUUGAAACGUUGAUCAAACUAUGGCGUACGUCGAUAGCUUUGGAUGAACCUGCCAAAAGUAGAGCUAUAUUUAGCCUACUCCAUACCCUGGACGGAUCAAAACCUAAGGUCACGAUUCCUGCCAUAUUCAAUGCUAUAUAUAGCCGGACAAGUCCAGCUGCACUAGAACCCAGCCGUAAAUCAUCCAUGUCUUCUGAAUUGUCAGAGACCGACCUCGCAGCUUUCCUUGUCAUGUACGCCAAGUCGUUGGAUGAUGACUUUUUGGAUGACAUCUGGGGUGAUUGUAUCACCUUUUUGAAAGACGUUCUCACAAACCCAUUCCCCCAUCGCCAAAUCUUACCUCGUUUGCUGGAGUUUGCCGUAGUGCUUGGAGGCAAGAUGGAAAACACCACAUUUGGGGACGACCGAAGAACCAGGAGGGAACUGGGGGAGUCAGAGCAUUCUAGCUCGUCCUCUCUUUUACAACGCAUUGGGCCGGACGAUAUCAUUGGUAUCCUGUCUGUCAGUCUUUCAAUGCUGACAGCCACUCUUGAUGAGGCGGAUAGGGUAUCCAACGCACUGUCCAGCAUAUCAACGAAUAUUAUAUCUCCUACAUUUCACUCACGCUUAUUCCCAUCCAAUGUGGACAAGAACACUUUAGACCUCCUGCAGCAAAUCUCCAAGAUCCAAGGAGCAUCCAAGAUCUGGAAGAAGGAUGUGAGCGAUGCGUUCAAUGACAGCAAGUUUUUUGGUUUCAAGUUUACCCUGGUCAAGAGCCAUUGGAUACGCCUAUUCCGUCAAUGGGCCCUAACAGAUACAGAACGCCUUACGGAAGUGCUCACCCGCCUCACCUCCCCAACAUCUGCUGGUAUAAUGUUUGGUGUCGGUGCGAGCGCUGCUCGACUGGAAGCGGAUCGUAAAGCACAGCUGAAUCUCCGUCGAAUUUCAUUAUUGAUAAUUGCAUCUGACGAAGACCAUUUCAGCGCUGAGCUAUCGGAACUUCAGCAAAAACUAGAAGAUCUCCUUGCAGCUACUCAUGUAUCUUCCCCAUCCUCCGUGACAAGGGCAGAAAUAUACAUGGUCCUAAGAGCGUUGGUUCUCAGGACUGGAUCCACCAGCAUUGCCCCCUUCUGGCCUAUGAUCAGCACUGAACUCCAGGAUGCCAUUUCUGCUAUUUCUCCAGACCAGGAGAGCGAGAGAUUCAACCCCUAUUCACUUCUUCAGGCUGCAAAGCUUCUGGAGACGCUACUUCUGAUUUCACCAGACGACUUCCAGUUACAGGAGUGGCUCUUCGUCACAGACACUAUAGACGUGGUUUAUCCACCGAAUCGUUGGGAAUCAAGAGCCCUUGCUGACGAACUCUCUCGUUCACUGGGGAAGAGCAAAAGCCCCCAGAGUGAACAUUCAGUCUCAGCGCAAGACACAAAUGGCUAUGAUGGUGGCGGCGAUGACGAAAGCGUUGGUACAGAAUCUAACAAGAAAGAUGGGUUUAAGAAAGCUUGGUUGAACUCGGAUCUUAGCAGGGAAACAGCCAAGGAUGAGAUUAUAGAGAAAUUGUUGCGGCCCUUCUUUGACCGGUUGAGUAUACAUUCUUUUGAGACCAUGUAUAGUAUGGGUGUUCCAGACAUCGCGGCCUGCACAGAUGAUCUUCUCGCUGAUUUGUUUAACGAGUUCACCAUAGUUAGCUAA